AAUUGUAUCCCAAUAAAAAGCAACAUGUCUUGCAAAGGAGAGGUUGUGUUGCGUGCGGAGGAAGUAUUGUUUCUCCUACCUUCAACCCUUUUCAAUGAGAUCUUUCUUGAUUACACCGGUCCAUUUCCACAGAGCUAUAGAGGAUGUAGCUACCAUGAUAGGAAGCCAAGGAUGUGGCACGCCUUGAACCACUAUGGUUCCAUAAAGAAGCCAAGUAGUGAUGAUGCCAGCAAAGGACGAGUUAAGCCACGUGGCACUGGAGUGUUUCUUCCUGCCAAACCGAUGAGUAUCAUCUCAGAAGAGAAGAGACCCAAGAAGAAGACAUGUCCCAUCAUCUCCUCUCAUUCCAGACAAGUCUUUCUUCCUAAAGAAUGGGCUUAUUAGCUAGUAAUUAGCAUUUAUUUACCUUGUGUAUAUCGUAUACUGCUAUAAAACAUUAAACACAAAAA